AUGCAUUCACAAUGGUCUGGUCUCCAGAGAGCUGAUGCGUGCCGGCAGCGUCCCCGAGCACCUGCCACAUCCAGGACGCCAGUGCGCGAGAGGAAGCUGCCUGUGUCACCGAAGAUCAAGACCCAGAGGCGCAAUAGACGCGAAAGGAAAUACCUGCAACCGCUGCGGCGGCUGCAGAAUGGUCGAGAUGGUGAGCCACACUUAGCUCAUUUUUCCGACAGAUUUGACAGUUGA